AUGGCGCAGGGCUCUUGCAGCGCGAUGCGCGACGGUAUCACUAUGGCAAGGCUGGUUCUAGUUAGACGCGUGGACGAAUCAAUCCUUGAUGACGAUGAAGCAGAGCGUCUCGCGCAUGCCAGAUCCCUUGUUGAAGGAUCAAUCAUCAUGUGGAAACUGUUAUCAAAGACCGACCCGGCUAAAGCUGCUGCCAGCGACGCGUUUAUGCAUUCCGGUAAGGCGAAGGCGCCAAAGAUGCCAACCAUCAUGUCGGGUUUCUUACAGCAAACCGCAAAUGGUGAAGUCAGUCUGCUGGCCGGUACAUCAAGCCCCCAGGGACGACUAUGUAUCGGCGAACGGGAAGGACUGCUCGAUGACUAUCUCGGCUUUGGAUUCCCACUAGUGAGCAAUGUUCCUAUUGAGGUCCUGCUUGCAUCUACCCAUCGGGACCUACUGAAAAGUCUCGACGUUCGCAUUAUAUUACGUGGGUCUGGAGACCAGAAAACAGAGGACAUCGACAAACCCUAUCAAACCUACCUCGAAGAGCAUGGAUUGGUGGCAUACCUGAGCCGGCCUGACUUCUGCAUGUUCGGUACCGCGGCUACUAUGGACGACAUAACUUUUCCAAUCGACGCUCUUGCGACUGAACUUUCGCCGACCAAAUCUCACAGAGUCACUGCCAAAACUGCCUCCAGCACUUUGCCCGGCUCGAGUUUUGUUCGCCGCAAGCUACCUACUGGAGGUUUCACGCUUCAAUACGACGAAUCGCAGCCAUCCAACCCGAUGGCCACGAUAAUAUCAGUACUUGGAUCGGCGGGCCUGGAGAUGUCCACCGCUAAGGAUCAGAUUGUCGAGCAGUAUCGAGUUACUAAGCUCAACCCACCAGGAUAG